UUUGGAGCGGCGGGCAACGCCAUGGAGAAGAGCAGCGAGACCAACGGCUACCUCGACGGCGGCGCCCAGGCGGGGCCUGUGGCGGGGUCGGGCGCACCCGGAACAGCUGAGGGACGCGCGCGGCGUUGCGCUGGCUUCCUGAGGCGCCACGUGCUGGUUCUGCUCACCGUGUCUGGGGUUCUAGCGGGCGCCGGGCUGGGCGCGGCGCUGCGCCAGUUCCAGCUGAGCCGCACGCAGGUCACCUACCUGGCCUUUCCCGGAGAGAUGCUGCUCCGCAUGCUGCGCAUGAUCAUCCUGCCGCUGGUGGUCUGCAGCCUGGUGUCCGGCGCCGCCUCUCUGGACGCCAGCUCCCUCGGGCGUCUGGGUGGCAUCGCCGUCGCCUAUUUUGGUCUCACCACGCUGAGUGCGUCGGCGCUCGCCGUCGCUUUGGCGUUCAUCAUUAAGCCAGGGUCCGGCGCUCAGACCAGUGACCUGGGACUGGAAGAGUCGGGACCUCCACCGGUCCCCAAAGAGACGGUGGACUCUUUUCUCGAUCUGAUCAGAAACCUAUUUCCCUCCAAUCUUGUGGCUGCAGCAUUUCGUACGUAUGCAACUGAUUACAAAGUGACGCUCCAUAAUAACAGCUUUGGAAAUGUGACCUCUGAAAAGACCCCCAUUCCCUCCGAGAUUGAAGGGAUGAACAUCUUAGGGCUGGUUCUUUUUGCCCUGGUGUUGGGAGUGGCCCUAAAGAAGCUCGGCACUGAGGGAGAAGAGCUCAUCCGCUUCUUCAAUUCCUUCAACGAAGCGACCAUGGUGCUGGUGUCGUGGAUUAUGUGGUACGUACCUGUGGGCAUCACGUUGGUCGGAAGCAAGAUUGUGGAGAUGAAGAACGUCAUCGAGCUGGUGACCAGCCUCGGGAAAUACAUCUUUGCAUCUAUAUUGGGCCAUAUUAUUCAUGGAGGAAUUGUUCUGCCGCUUGUUUAUUUUGUUUUCACACGAAAAAACCCAUUCACAUUCCUCAUGGGCCUCCUCACACCAUUUGCAACAGCAUUUGCUACCUGCUCAAGCUCAGCAACCCUUCCUUCUAUGAUAAAGUGCAUUGAAGAAAACAAUGGUGUCGACAAGAGGAUCAGCAGGUUUAUUCUCCCCAUCGGGGCCACUGUGAACAUGGACGGAGCAGCUAUCUUCCAAUGCGUGGCUGCAGUGUUCAUUGCACAGCUCAACAACGUGACGCUGAAUGCAGGACAGAUUUUCACAAUUCUAGUGACGGCCACAGCAUCUAGUGUUGGGGCAGCAGGUGUGCCAGCUGGAGGGGUUCUCAUCGCCAUCAUCCUGGAGGCCAUUGGGCUGCCCACUCAAGACCUCUCUCUGAUCCUGGCUGUGGACUGGAUUGUGGACAGGACCACCACCGUGGUGAAUGUGGAAGGGGAUGCCUUGGGUGCAGGUAUCCUCCACCACCUGAACCAGAAGUCAACGAAGAAAGACGAGCAGGAGCUGAGCGAGGUGAAGGUGGAAGCUAUCCCCAACUGCAAGUCUGAGGAGGAGACAUCGCCUCUGAUGGCACACCACAACCCUGCUGGCCCUGUGGCCAGUGCCUCAGAACUAGAGUCCAAGGAGUCGGUGCUAUAAUGGGGCUGGGCUGAGGACUGGCCCACCAGUGCUGGCAUCCCCCCAUUAGCCAGCCCCAUUAGACUUUGAGUCUCCCGAGCAAUGCUUUGACCCAAUCACCGUGUUGAGGAUGACUUCUUGGCACAGGCAUUGGGCUCCCCAGCGGAAACUGGUUACCGAGGACCAGGACACUGACAUUUGGCUUGAUGCAAGUCCAGGCACAGCUGUGAGGGCUUAGUUUGGAAAUACCUCAAGCUGCCGGCUUGGGAAGAUUUGGGGCUUGCAGGAGUCUGUGGGUAAAACUUGGAAAAACACAGAUGUAUUCUUCAUUGUCCUCUGUCAGCUCUGCACCAGGUGCUUUCUGGGCACACUGAGGGGUUUUAUGGUCACCUGUCACGUCACCUCCUGAACAGCAGUAAUUGGAGAAAUUCUCAAAUUCUUAGCUUUGGUUAGAAUUUGCUGAGCUGGGACUCGGGUAUUUAAAGAAUUAUGCCCCAACUAGUCACGUGGCUUCUGGGACACCAGAGGCCCUGCCUAAGUGUUGUUAGAAAUACUCCAGGUGGUGUCCCACUGCGGGGGCUUGGUCAGUACUAGUAACUAAACCACUUAAGUUCUGAGGUCAAAGAAAGGAGAGGGAAUGGGGGGAAAGCAAACUUAGACAAACACACAAGUAUCCCCAUUCCUUCCCUAUCCGGUGGUACUUUUCUGCUUCUGAGGCCUGAACCUCUAACAGUGCUUCAUCUUUUCUCCAUCCAUUCUGA